GGUGUCGCAUCAAAGGAACGAUACGCGCUGAUGUUGCACCACUGGAUAGCAGGUUUGGACUGGUCUGCGUAACAAAGGUGCGAUCUACUUUGUUUCUGUGUUUUGAGUAAUACUGACAGGUUUAUUAUGGAGUGGACUGAAGAAGUAACGAUUAAAUUCAUUAACAGUUAUAGAAGCAAAGAAAUUUUGUGGGAUCCACAAAAUUCCCAGUACAUAUUAUAAUAAAAUAAAGAAAAACGAUUCUUGGAAUGAGCUCGCUGUAGAAUUUAAAACCACGAUAGAUGAAUGCAAAAAGAAAAUGAAUGUGUUAUUGUCGGCACUUAGGCGAGAAAAAGCAAAGAUUAAAAAAAGCAAAGGCACAGGAAUAGGUCGUUCUGAUGUGUAUGAAAGUAGUUGGUUUGCUUUCAAAAGCUUGCUGUUUCUUUGGGACAAAAAUAAAGUUCGACAGACAAAAAGUACCAUUGAAGACGAAGAAACAGAUGAUAAUGAGGUAUCUGAUGGUGAAUCAACAUUGACAGAUAACGACGUUGUGAAGGAGACUCAGGAGGUUAUACAUAAUAGACCGAAAAGAAAAUUGACGGAUGUAACACCAAUUAGAAAACAGCAAAGAAAAAGUGAAGAUUCUGAUAAAUUAGAUAGAGCUUUUCAGAUACUGUCAAAAGCAUCAGCAAACGCCAAUAACCCAGAAGGACACAACGAAUGUCAGAUAUUUGGAAAUCUUGUGGCUAAAAAAUUGGCUAAAUAUUCGCCUGAAUUGCAGACCAAUACACAACAAGCGAUUAUGAAUAUUUUAUUUAAAGCAGACAGCAUCCAUAUUCGCCAAAAUUCAAGCAAUUUCUAAUCCCCACCACAACGUACUGACACUAUUCACUCAUUUUUUUCGAAUUAUCAGGCUAACCAAGAAUCCUGUUUUAAUCAAGAGCCAUCACAGUUGUCAUCUCCAACAUAUAGUUAUGGUAAUUCAAAUCCCUCGACCUCGAGUGACAAUAAUACUCCUCUCCCUCCUUCUUUGCCACACGAGUUAUUGGAUAUGUCCCACAUUGAACUACAGAGCUUGUAGUUAGUGCAAAUGUUUAAUGUGAGCAACAGUUUAUUUAAUGUAAGC